UAUAAAAGGAAACAUGGCAUAACUAAAAAUUAAAAUAAUUUAUUUUGAUACUGAUCUUUUUAUUAUUAUUUUUUUAAUUUUUUAGAGGAUUUGGCCAUAUAUAGUGGUUGCUUUGGUGAACUCCACUCCAACGGUGGUUUGCAUGCAUCGUAUCCAUUUCCAUCACUACCAAAACCCACGCUUCUCUUUUUGUUUGGCAGUGAUAGGUAAAUUGCUUUUUAGGUUUCGUAUUGUGAACUUUAUUUAUGCUGCUUUGUGUAUAGAUAUUAAGUCUUUGAAUCGAAUUUGAAUUUGUUUAUUUUAUUUGAAUUUAUAUCUUUUUAAGUAUGUAGCAAUAAAUCGAGGAUGGGUUGGAUAGUAUAUCGCCUUUAACCCUUUAGGGACUGCAUGGGAGUGUUCUUCAUAGUAACGUAAACUUAAUUUGUCACUACAAAUUGUAAAAUACUAUUUUUCUACGUCUUAGAGUAAAAUGUAAUUAGCAUAAUAACUUACUUGGAAUGAAUGCAUGUAGAUAACUUAAAAAUGUAACCAAGGGCUAUAUACAGUAGAUGGAGAGCCACCAUGACCUUCCCAUAUUGAUCUCGGGCACAAAAGACUGAGAGAGCACGGUAAACAUAACCAGUAUGUAUCGCUAAUAGCCUAAUACUAGUAGGGAAUAGCAAAAUUCACCAUUGUAAAAAAUUGUUUAGCAUUUUGUAAGAAGAAAAUGGUCAACCCUUUUGGCAAGGCAAGCUAAUUAGGCAUCGACAAGAAGCAUGAUUAACCCCUUCACAACAAUUAAAAAAAACAAAAAAAAAUAUUAUAAAAAUCAAUCAAAUUACAUUGAAUAAUGUGAAAUAGACCUAACUUAUCAAUUUGCGACCAAGGAUAAGCACCAGACAUACACGUAGCGAACUCUUUGAUUAGGCCCAAAGAAAAAAAAUGAAGGCACCAAAGAGAAAAAUCUUGACGUAUGGACUUUUUAAAAAGUACAAUGCUUUUUGUUUGGCUUUACAAAAAAAAUUGAUAACUAAAUUUAACAAUUUGCCUGUGCGAGUGAGUUGUAGAUGAUAAAAGAAAAGUUAAGAAGCCACAAAAACCAAAGCACAAACGAUCGUGAGGUCACACAUAACAACAUAGCAUGAUUUGAGCCUCGUGAGGUCCCACAAAGUCACAAGAUUUCUUCUAUACUCAACAGUCUAAAUCCAUACAAGAAUAGAAAAAACAGUUUUCAAAGAAGAAAAAAUAAACUAAAUGCAUUGGGAAUAGCUAGAUUAGCAAAACCAACGGACGACUUUUGGGCACUAACGUAUUGCGAUGAUCAGUCCAGUCUGGUUCGUACUGAUUCUGGAAUUUAUUUGUAGGUUUGGUACUAGUUUUGUCUACAACUAUAUAUAAGAUAAUCUGCGAAAUGAUUCUGCAAGCUUUUUUGUUUCACUGCCUAAAACCACCGAUUACCACUUACUGGACACGGUGAUUCCAGUCACCCCAUUUUUGAACAUGGGAUUGGAACCCUUUUUUCUAAAUGUCAAGCUAAAGCUCGCGGACCAAUUUGCCAAAACGACACAUCAUUUUACACCAACAUGAGGAGGCAAAUAAAGAAGGCGUAAAAGCAUUGAUUCUGAAACACUAAUCUUAGGAUCAUUCGUGAAAGAAGAUUUUGUAAUAUUCCACAAACUAGAAACUAUUAAGAAUACAAAAUAAAUUAGGGGAAAAUAAAAAAAAAACUAAUAGGAAAAAAGAGCUUUAACUUUUGGAAAUGGAAGCACAAACACAAAAACACAAAGUCUAUUUUACCUUUUAACCCAUUCAAGAAUCCUCCUUUAGUUUCAGACUUUCAGUGCCCUCUUACUUUGCCUAUCUCCCUACUCCUCUGUUUCUUCGCCUUCUCUCACCCUUUCUUCUUCUAUCAGAGUGAAUGGAGCUGUGGACAGAAGCUAGAGCCCUAAAAGCAAGUCUAAGAGGAGAAGCUAUAAAGCAUCAAGUGAUUGUGGCUGAGGAUCUAAGCCGAACUUCUUCUGCUGAAGAUUUCUCCGUUGAGUGUUUCCUUGAUUUCUCAGAAGAAGGUCAAGAAAGAGACGAAGAACAACUUGUCUCCGUUUGUUCUUCACAAGAAGAACAAGAACAAGAUUAUUGUAUCUUUAGUUCACAACCUUGCAUCUUUGAUCAACUUCCUUCUUUGCCGGAUGAAGAUGUGGAAGAGCUUGAAUGGGUAUCUCGUGUUGUGGAUGACUGUUCAUCACCAGAAGUCUCACUUCUCUUCACACAAACCCUCAAAACCAAACCAAGCUUCUCAUCUUCAGUUCCGGUUAAACCAAGAACCAAACGGUCUCGGAACAGCUUAACCGGUGACCGAGUGUGGCCACUAGUUUCAACCAAUCAACAUGCAACAGGAGAGCAGUGUAAGAAGAAGAAACAAGAAACGGCCGUUUUGUUUCAAAGAAGAUGCAGCCAUUGUGGCACAAACACCACACCUCAAUGGAGAACCGGUCCGGCCGGUCCAAAAACCUUAUGUAAUGCAUGUGGUGUGCGGUUUAAGUCCGGUAGGCUCUGCCCAGAGUACAGACCGGCGGAUAGUCCGACGUUCUCAAAUGAGAUCCACUCAAACCUUCAUAGGAAGGUUAUGGAACUGAGAAAGAGUAAAGAGUUAGGUGAAGAACGAGGAGAAGCUACUACUAAAUCAGACCAGGUCAAAUUUGGCAGCUAAGUGGUAGAGAAGACUUAGGUAAAAUGAAAACCUACUUGUUUUAGCAUUAUCUCUAGUUUUGUACUAUAAUUUAAUAACUUGUUCCAAAAUAUGUUAAGCUGUUUUGGAAUUAGUGUACUGAAAACGUUGUUUUCUAUAAACAAGAUUAUAUAUUUUUAAUGAUGUUAGACCACCACCA